GUGCAUUGGGAGGGUAUGUGUAGAGCAGCUGUCUCACACACCAAAGAUCCGGGAGCUGUGCUAGGGUCCGCGUGCACGCCACAGCCUAGCAACGGCAAAGCACCCUCCCUACCGAGCUGUAAAUAUCCGGUAAGAUCAGUCUCGGGCACGCACAAGGCGGAUUUUCGCGUUUCUCACGGUGAGGAGGAGGAGGAGAUGGCGACGGUGAAUGACUCGCGCCUGCUGCAGCAGCCCUCUCAGAAGGACGCAGCUGAUCAGAACUUUGAUUAUAUGUUCAAGCUACUGAUUAUUGGCAACAGCAGCGUGGGAAAAACCAGCUUCCUGUUCCGUUACGCCGAUGACUCCUUCACCUCGGCCUUCGUCAGCACCGUAGGCAUCGACUUCAAGGUCAAAACUGUCUUCCGCAACAACAAGCGGAUCAAGCUACAAAUCUGGGACACAGCAGGACAGGAGCGCUACCGAACCAUCACUACAGCAUAUUACAGAGGAGCCAUGGGCUUUCUGCUAAUGUAUGACAUCACCAACCAAGACUCAUUUAAUGCUGUACAGGACUGGGCUACCCAGAUUAAGACAUACUCUUGGGACAAUGCACAAGUGAUCCUGGUGGGGAAUAAGUGUGAUCUAGAGGAUGACCGACUUAUUCCAACAGAAGACAGCCAGAGACUAGCUGAUGAACUAGGAUUCCAGUUCUUUGAAGCCAGUGCGAAAGACAACAUCAACGUGAAGCAGGUGUUUGAGCGGUUGGUGGAUGUAAUCUGUGAGAAAAUGAACGAAACUAUGGAGGGAGACGGUGGUCCACUCAGCAGCCUCAAAGACUCCAACAUGCAGGACUCUUCCACUGAAGGACCUGGCAGCUGUGCCUGUUAAAAUACCAACCCCACACCACCUUACUUCCAUUCCACCCUACAAACUGCACCCUUGUCUCUGUGUCCCUGCAAAACACCCGUCUUCAGAGACUUCAGUCUAGCUGUCUGACUAAGACUCGCUGUUCUGGAUGGAGACAUGUUCUGAUUCAGAUUCUGUAAACCUUUCUCACAUUUCUUUCGUAGCUGUGAAGCCAGUAUUCUUACACAAAUUCAUUUGGCCAAUCAGGUGAAAGUGUAUAUAGUCUGAACAGCAGUCUAUUUGCAUGAUGCCUCAUUUAUAAGCAUUACUUACUGCUAAGAGAAAAGGGGUGUUUUGGGAUUUAGCUACGGUCAUGGUAGGUGCAGAACUUGAACAUGAGCUAAGGUGCAGAGUGCAUUAAAUCAAUCAAAAUAUUCUUAAACCUUGUUGCAGCUCACUUUAACUCCUCUCAUAACUGCACUAAGAAACGCACAAGCUGUUAGAGAUCUGUGUGCUAGCAGCUUACAGAGAUAAACAUCUAUCCAUCCACACUCAUCCAUUCCUUCUAAGCCCUCACACUCUCUCUAUGUUGUCUCUCCUCUGAAAAAUUAAAAAAGAACAUUUGGGAGAGCUCUGUGGCUUAGCCCACAAUGGAUGUGUUUAUGUCACAUGCAAGCUGAUAGCCCCAUUUUUUCAACUGCCAACGAGACUUGGACAGCAUAUUGUCUGUUUUGUUAAAAACUUUAGGUUUUACAGGAACCACAUGUCGAUGCACAAAGCAUGAAAAACAAAUGAAGACAAGAGGAAGUAAAAUUUAGAUAAAUGUGACCAUGUUACAUUUCAUGUCAAAUAUUUUUUUAAUGGGAAUGGGGAAUGUGUUUGUCCUAGCAAAUAUUUAUAGUAAAAUGCUGCAUGUGACUCAUCAUAUAAACUUAUAUGAAUAUUCUGAACCUGGUACACUAAGUAUUGAAUACCUUAAACUCUUCCUGCUUUUUUUAUUUCACUUACAAAGCAUACAGUUAAAUGACAAUUGUUUUCAUUUCAGUAUAAAGCCAGUCUGUCUUUUUUUAAGUAUUACAUUAAUAUACAAUUUGCUGUUUUUGUGGUUAAAUCAUCACUGCAUUCAGGCAGUAGUGCAUAAGAAAGAUCAGAUGUAUAUGCUUAGGGCUUAUGUGGGCUUAGGGUUAUGUGUGUCACAUGUUUUGCACUUAAACCUUUUAUUUGUUACCUGUGUUUACUUGCCUCCAUAUCAUUCAUCACUCUUGUGAAGUACAGAACAGAAACCACCGCUGUGUGUCUGAAUCAUUUAGUAAGUGAGAAUGUGUAGAUUACAUGACUUUCUAUAUUCAGGGACUGCUCUAAAACCUGCAAUAUGGUAAUGACUCAGGCUCUACUCAUCUUUAUAUUUGUACUAAAUGAUCGUGUGCACAGCUAGUGGCAUCACUGAGAAAGAAUUGGCUUUUAUAUAUAUAUAUAUAAAAAUGUAACCUGGUUGUUGUGAUAACAGAAACGAGCCAAAACUCUGCAGCAUCUCAUCUAACCUCCACCCCUUCCCUCUCCUUUUUCUCUAUCAAUUGCCAAACAUACAGUUAACUGUUAUGAUCCGUUGGCACCACUAAGCAGAGAUACUCUGGUCUCAAGUUUUUCUUAAAUCUGUUUUUUUUUUCCUUUUCUUUUCUUUUUUGGUCCUGUAAUGUCUCAUACAUAUUCCACCAUUAAUAAAGCUCAUAAUUACUCA